CCGCAAACAUGACUGCCUACGAGAACCUGAGCAACGACCUCAUCUGGGAGGUCACCCGCUCCAACAACUCCUUCCUCGUCAAGCGCAAGCAAUCCGGCGGCGUGCAAUUCUCCCGCGACCCAUUGAACCUCACCAACAAGCAUUCUCGCAAAUACUCAGGCUACGCCAAUGCUCAAGCAAUCGGUAUCCAACCAGACGACAACACCGUUACCUUGACCACCAAGCUCCCAAAGAACUCCAACCGCCCAGCAAAAUCCUACCACACCUCUUCCUUCAAGUCUUCUACCCCGUCGCGUAAGCUGUACAAGAGCAUUGUCAACUCCACCGCGAAGAAGGGAUAUCGUCCAGAUCUCCGCGCGGAGGCCGUCCAGAGAGCGAGUGCCAUCAAGCAGAGUCAGAGGGAUAACAAGAAGGAGAGUAAGAGUAAGCCCAGAGGACGUAAGGGUCAGGCACAACAGGCUGAGGCAUGAACGAGCUUUCUAACUUGAGCUGAAUCCACGCUGGUGAUGGCUCGGACGAACGAUCGAACGAACAAGACGCUGGGAUAUGAUCUGGGCAGAUGAGGCAGGCACAUGCUGGAAUGCUAGAUUAGAGAUCAGUCGAGAAAGCAUGAAAUGAAAAAAAAGGCGCGUGAGAGCGCGUGUUCUGC